GGCUAGUGCCCGUCUCACUUGAGUGCUUGUUCAUUCUUAACUGAGUUUCAUACUUAUUGAAUGACUCUUUCUUCACGCCUAUUGGAAACAAAUGCGUCACCAUAUCCCAGGGAAGCGAACAAAGAAGUUCGCGAUGCGCGUGAACCUCACCUGUCUAGGCCAGAAAACAUCAUCUCACAGUAACGACGUUUCUUGCAUGCAGCCAUACGCAUCACACGCUCUUUUCAUAGUAGAAUAGUUAUCUUCUCCCCGCUCCUGAAGCCAUCUUCUCAAAACUCGCUCUCAUAUCGCUUUCACCAUGUUCAACUUCUUCAUGACAUCAGUCCUCCUCGUUUUCUUCACUUUCUCGACGGUGCGGGCCACUAUCUUCGUGACCGCACCCCUCAAAGACUCUGAAUGUUUUGGCGGGCAGCCGUGUACUGUUCAGUGGGUUGACAAUGGUGUCAUUCCUCUUCUGAGCAACAUUGGACCCUGUUAUGUCGGUCUGUACAAUGGAGAUCAGGUCCUUGUUCAGCAAAUCGAGCCAGUCGACAUUGCUAUAACACUUUCCCUUAGCUUUAUACCCAACCAACAGGCAGGUCCGGAUUCGAAUACCUAUUACAUCAACUUCACCUCCGUGAAUCCGUUGGGUAACUCUGCUGCCCACUACAUCCAGUAUUCCCCGUUCUUUAGACUCACGGGAAUGUCUGGAUCCUUCAAUUCGCCUGUCGCUAGCGCCACCUCUUCCCUCACUGUGCCAUCCAGCGUAGCAAGCGCACCUCCCAACUCCAUUUCCGUCACUGUGACUAUCCCCGUCACUGUCGGACCUCCAAGCGUCAGCCCACCUUCAGCAAGUCAGACGCUCCCAGUGUUUUCCAGUCCAAGUGCCGCUUCCUCGGCAUCUUCGUCGCUACCAACCUCCUCCUCCUCAAGUUCACCUACAUCGUCGACAUCAAGUAGCGCUACUUCUUCCUCGUCUUCUUCCCCGCCUUCUUCCUUGCCUUCUUCCUCGCCUUCUUCCUCAUUCACCACUUCCCGAAUUUCCUCACCGUCUUCUAUUCCUGCGACAUCCCCCUCCGCAACUGGCACCACUUCAUCAGCUUUCCUCGUAGCGGAUGUACGGCUUAUACCAGUCGCUUUGGCUCUGUCUUUGCUUUCGACUCUUCCGCUAGGUCUUUGAGCUUUAUUUGAUGUGGACAGGUUCCGUUCGCCUUCGUGCUCUCGGGACUGGUCUCAGAAUGUUGUAUCUACAUUAGUUCUCGUGCGUUGCCCUUUCAAUAUGCGUCGACCGUUCAAGUUUCACUUGCGAUACCAACCUUUGUACAUUACUCAACAUCCUGCUUUUCGCGAUACCUGACUUUUAAUAGCUUAGAAAUCAAUACAGUCUUAUGGUUAUGGGUAGUAGAAUUACAACUUGAAACUUUG